AUGUCCAGAUAUUCCGGUGAUAUAAGUCAUGAGACGGAUUGCACUCUUAUGUUGUCCAAUAGUGCUGGGACGAGCGCCAUCGCAUGUACCAAUGGAGGUAGCAGUAAUGGCCGGUCAGAUGCACCAUCUGGCUGGAAAUUUACCGGGCCAGGGAUGAGGCGUCAAGCCAGCGUUUCCAAUACUGCGGAUGAACUCCUUUCUCGACAUGGAAAAAAUGAAGACCAGGUAAAGAGCAAAGAGGCAAGUGAGGAGGAGGUGGAUGCUUUGUCAGGCCGGUGGCGGCCCGAGUUGCAGCGACGUGUUUCAAGAGCAGAACUUUUUGCUGAUGAAUUGGCACUACCGCUUGGUUGGACGGAAAGCCUUGUGUCGAUGACAGCCGAUGGUCAAUCUAUAUCCGACAGCGAUGACGACUCUAAUAUCUAUCAUACCGGUUGGUGUGCUCGUACCGCGCCAUCACACCCUAUGGAAAAAUCGCCUUCACUAAGCCAUUUAGUUACGUCGUGUGGGGGUCUAGAAUAUGAGGCUUCCGGACCAAGAGACAUUUUGUACCAUUCAUUGAAUUUCUCGGCUUCCACAUCCACACAUACUUCCUCGUCCUCUUCCUCAUCCACUCCGCCCUUCUCUCGCUGCCCAUCACCUGGACCAGUCGCUUCAUCAGCCACUGUAUCACUUAGACCACUGGCCCCCCCGGCCCUUUCGCCCAUUGAAGGUGACGAAGGCCGUCUCUUGCACCAAGCCCGGGAGAAAGUGAAACGAAAGAAGCAUAAGAAAUCAAUGGCCCUUCAGGACCCAGAUAGGGCGUCUGUUUUAAGUGAGACAAAACCUUAA